UGAUAAGUUGCAUGACUGUCGUUUAUUGUACCUUCUCUUCUGUCAACUACUAAAGAAAGGAUAAUCAUUAUUUUAUAUUAAAAUAACAAAAGACAUCUUAACAAUUUACUAUGGUGGAAGGAGAAGGAGUCACCCCGGCGUACAUGCAGAUGGCCCAUUGGCGCUUCACUCUCAAGUUGCCAGAGUACCAGGGAGAUAAAGAACUCAAGGAGAAGCUGAUGACUGGAAUAAAACAGGGAAACAUGGCUCCAUAUUACAAAGAGGUAUGUGCAGACCUAGGCUGGGAGUUCGACACCAAGCUGUAUGACGAGAUGAGUGUAGCCAAUACCAAGCGACUUGAGGAGUUGGAGAAGGAACAUGAAAACAACGUAAUGGACGAGGAAGACCAAAGCCAGCUGUGUGGAGUGUGGCAAAGCAAACUGGACUAUCUGUGCUCCAUCGGGGACAGGGAGAACGCAACGACCCUGGCCAACUCCAAGGUUGAUGACAAGACUGUGCCCAAGAGUCACAGGAUCGAUGCUGUCUUCUCACUGUUCAGAAUCUCCUUUUUCCACGGAUGUAACAUUAAGGGAAUGAGCACAGCGAUUGAAAAGGCUACUGAACUAAUUGAAGGUAUCAGCGGUGGGGACUGGAGUGCUCGUAAUAAGCUGAAGGCCUACGAGGGUGUUUGGAGUUUGGCCAUCAGAGACUUCACCCGGGCUGCUCAUCUGUUCGUCGACGUAGUUCCCACAUUUGAGUCGUACGAGCUGGCUGACUUUGGUACCAUUAUCCGCUACACCGUGCUGUCUUGUAUGAUCGCUCUGCCCCGGUGUGACCUGAGGAAGAAGCUAAUGCUGCACGGAGUUAUGGCGCAAGCUCUUCAUUCUCAGUAUCAGGAUCUAAGGGAGUAUUUCGUGUCGCUGUACGACGGUCGCUACUCAGACUUCCUCGUUUGCUUGGCUCGUAUUGAGGUUGAGAUGAAGAGGGAUCCGUUGCUGCAUCCCCACUACCGUCACUACGUCCAGGAGAUGAGGCUGCGAGCCUACAAACAGAUAUUACAGGCUUACCGCUCUCUCAGUCUGGACUACAUGGCCCAGUCGUUCGGUGUGACCAGUGAGUUUAUUGAGCGGGAGGUGGCCAGGUUUGCGGCCGCUGGGAGACUUCAGUGCAAGAUAGACUCAGUGGCUGGGACAGUGAUCACGAGUGCUCAUCUGGACGACUCCGUCCGCAGCAAGGAAGCUCCUGAGGCUAGCCUGGACAGGAACAUUCUCUACCAGACAACCGUCAAGCGAGGAGACAUUCUCCUCAACCGACUCAAGAAACUGGCCAGAGUCAUGGACUUCUAGAACAGUCGUGUCGCUUUAAUUUAUAUUCAUCAAUAAACUUCUUUUUGUUAUAAAUGCUAAC